AUGGAUCGUGGAGUCUCCAAUCCAUGCUACACAUGCCGUAACCGGCGUAUCCAGUGCGACCAGUCUGGCAUACCCUGCGACAAGUGUAAAAAGGCGGGCCUGGAAUGUUUUGAUAAAAGGCCGUUCCGAUGGGUCAAAGGCGUUGCGAUCCGCGGGAAGAUGCAAGGCCGGACAUUCGAAAAUACAAAUCUAUCCUCCCUGGUAGCAGAGGACGAAUCAACAACUGCGGUGAACGCAAAGCGCACGUUGAUGCGAACUGCUGUAGCGCGGAGAAAGCGCUUCGAUUCUACUGACAAUGAACGCAUCUGUCAGCUUUUUAUCGUAUAUGACACCGACAGAAAUCCCUUCCGAAGCCUCAUACCCUUGGGCUUGAAGGACCCGGUUUUACUAAAAGCCCUUCUUGCGCUUGCAGCACGCCAUCAUGUAAACAAAGGCCAGUCGUUUCAUGAGCCUGGAUCACCAACAUCGCCGCAGCUCGCCAAUGCAAAUCGUCAUGCACUUGCCUUCAAAUAUCAAGCUAUGGAAGCACUAUCACAUUCCUUAAAAGAUACAGAACUGUCCAAAUCGGACACUACAGUGGCCAGCAUAUUUCUUUUGAUCUUCUUGGAUCUUUUAGAGUCCGGCAGUGACGGGUGGAAUUUUCACCUCGAAGGCGCCAAGAAACUAAUCGCGUCCACUUGCCCUCAACCCGACUCCCAGACCUGCAUCAAUCAAGGUCCAGGACAGACUGUGAAAGAGAUAAGAGCCUUCAUCACCAAGCAAAUAAAAAUGAUUGAAACGCUUGGGGCGACUUUCUUGCGCCCUAAAUUACUAUCCCAUUUCACUACCUUCGAUCAACAAGAACUGCAGCUUCAAGAGACCAUCGAAGCUUCUUUCCUUGGGUGUCCCGAAUACCUGUUGACCGCGAUGCAGUGUCUUUCAAUGCAAAGAGAUAGUAUGUCGGGAUCCAACUCUCUCGAUCAAACAGCUAUGGAUACACUCCUGAAAGAAACGACGUCUUUACUCGAUAUGGUCCGGAAUUUUGAUUGCUAUGCCUGGGUAUCGGGCUUGCAACAAUCACGUCCCCCUUCACCAAGAGAAAUCAUCAGUCUCUGCACAUUAUCAAGGUCCUACAAAAUUGGCACUCUGCUCUAUGGGAGAAGAAUCGAAGACGCCGUGACGGGGAACGUGACAGUGUUGGAUGACAUGGUGGCCGAGUUGCUGGGUCUAAUUGACUCGCUGCAGAACGACCGUGUUAUGUUCAAAUGCGUCCUUUGGCCUAUCUUUGUUGCCGGUUUGGAGUGCCAAUGGCCGCCUCAAAGGGUGUUUCUUAUUGGUUGUAUGGAAAAGUUUUGGGAUAUCACCAGCUGUUUGAACGCAGUCAACGCUGCGAGGAUCUUGCAGGAUUACUGGCGUCAAGUAGAUGCAACUGGGCAGGCCCAGUCGCUGUGGAUUUUCGAUAUCGGCCGCUUGGGUCGGGACUGGCUCUGGAUCUAA